GGGGGGAGGAGGGGGGGGAGGAGGAGAGGCCGACGCGGAGGCCCUUGGCUCCCGGGUUCCGUCACUGCCGCCCCCUCCUGAUGCACGGAGACGUGAGGCCGGAACAGCUCCAGGAGGAGGAGAGGGAGGUGCUGCCGGGGGAGGUGAUCUUCUCUCUGCGAGUCAGACUCGACAAACUCCCCAUCGGAACGACCAGGGCCAAGAUCACGGUGGCCGUGUGGAGCUGUGACCGUGACAGUCUGGAGCUGCGCUCCCAAUCCUUCCUGCACCUGCUGCAGUGCCGUGAGCCCGCACAGCUGUUCCGUGCAGACUGCCCUGGCGUGCGUACUCAGGUCUCGUCAUGGAUCAACGUGCUGCCCCCUCCGUCUCUCAGCUGUCGCCAGCUGAACGUUGCCGGACAGCACCUGGCAGCCAUCAGAGUGCAGCACCGCGUGCAGGCUGCCCCCGUCUGCGUGGAGAACCUCCGCGUGCUGCCCAACCUCAACACCGGCUACCUGCCCCUGAUGCCCGACGGCUCCAUGAUGCUCGCCGACAACACCUACCACGUGAGCGGCGAGGUUGGCAUGUCCUCGCUGCUGCGGCAGGACUGCCCCGCGUGCCGCCUGCCCCUGAGCCUGGCGCCCCUGGAGGCCGCCAGCUUCCUCUUCACGCUGCACCUCGCGCCCACGGCCACGGACGGCGGGGCCGGGAGAGAGGGUGUGGAGGUGCCACUGCUGGUGACGCUCCACUGGACCUCGCCGGCCUUUCCCAUCCCACACUCGGUGUACACCCACUACCGGCUACCGAGCGUGCAGCUGGAGCGUCCGCGCCUCGUCAUGAUGGCUGAGUGCGAGUCCCCUGUGCGAGCGUGCGAGUCGUUCCUCGUGAACUUCACGCUUCUCAACCAGCUGCAGGACUUCCUGAGCGUGCGGCUUGUGUGGGCUCCGGAGAGGGAGCGUGCUCACCGAGUCACUCGGGCGCGUCGAGGCGAUGGCGGCGGUGGUGGCGGUGGUGGCGGUGGGAGCGGUGGGGCCGGCGUUCCGCCCGUGGUGUGCCACUCCCCGACCACUCACCUGGGCUUCUGUGGACGUGGCUCCACGCUCACGUUCCAGGUCGGCUUCCAGGUGCUGCGUGCAGGACUCUUCGAGCUGUCCCAGCAGAUGAAGCUCAAGCUGCAGUUCACGGCAUCGGCGCACGCCGGUGGGCCGGCCGCGGUGCCGGCGGGCGGCUCUGCCGGCGCUCCGCCACCGGGGCCGCCGCCGGGGCCGCCGCCGGGGCUGUCGCUGGCGCGCAACCACAGCCCCGGUAGCCCCGUGGUGCGCGACCUGCAGCAGGCCGCUAUCGGGCGCUCACAAUCCUUCUCUCACCAGCAGCAGCCUCGCAACAACGGGCACUUCGUCAGGUCAGGCAGCGUGAUGGAGCGCCGGGCCAUCACCCCGCCGGUGUCGUCGCCUCGGCCGCUGCCGCCGGCGCCGGAGCGAGCCGCUCUCAGCCUGGACAAGGUGGCCAAGCGUUCGUGCAAAGUGCUGGUUCUGGAGCCUGGAGCAUCGUAGUAGUGACUACUCACACACACACACAGACACACACAGACACACACACACACAGAUACACACACAGACACACAGAUACACACACACAGAUACACACACACACACAGACACACACACACAGAUACACACACACAGAUACACACACACACACACAGAUACACACACACACAGGUACACUCAGCCUGGACAAGGUGGCCAAGCGUUCGUGCAAAGUGCUGGUUCUGGAGCCUGGAGCAUCGUAGUAGUGACUACUCACACACACACACAGACACACACACACACAGAUACACACACACACAGAUACACACACACACACAGACACACACACACAGGUACACUCAGCCUGGACAAGGUGGCCAAGCGUUCGUGCAAAGUGCUGGUUCUGGAGCCUGGAGCAUCGUAGUAGUGACUACUCACACACAGAUACACACACACACACACAGACACACACACAGAUACACACACACACACAGAUACACACACACAGAUAUACACACACACACAGACACACACAGGUACACUCAGCCUGGACAAGGUGGCCAAGCGUUCGUGCAAAGUGCUGGUUCUAGAGCCUGGAGCAUCGUAGUAGUGACUAUUCACACACACACAGACACACACAGACACACAGAUACACACACACACACACACAGAUAUACACACACACACACACACAGACACACACACACACACAGACACACACACACAGACACACACAGGUACACUCAGCCUGGACAAGGUGGCCAAGCGUUCGUGCAAAGUGCUGGUUCUGGAGCCUGGAGCAUCGUAGUAGUGACUACUCACACACACACAGACACACACAGAUACACACACACACACAGAUACACACACACAGACACACACACACAGGUACACUCAGCCUGGACAAGGUGGCCAAGCGUUCGUGCAAAGUGCUGGUUCUGGAGCCUGGAGCAUCGUAGUAGUGACUACUCACACACACACACAGACACACACACAGAUACACACACACAGAUACACACACACACAGACACACACACACAGGUACACUCAGCCUGGACAAGGUGGCCAAGCGUUCGUGCAAAGUGCUGGUUCUGGAGCCUGGAGCAUCGUAGUAGUGACUACUCACACACACACACACAGACACACACAGACACACACACAGAUACACACACACAGAUACACACACACAGAUACACACACACACAGGCACACACACAGAUACACACACA